GAAGCGCGCUUUCUCCCAUGUCAGCAAUGUAGAAGGCCAACCAUUGAAGAUAAGCAAUCCCUGAAUUCUGGUGAUUUGGUGGUCUUACAUUAUUCAUGCUGGAAGACUAGCGCGAGGAGGGAGCGAAAAGGGUUGAAAAAUUUAUCAGACUUCGGAUCGUUACCUAACCCUUUGAAACCCAACUCAGAGAGGGGUUUUUUGAGUCGAAGAUGUCUGUUGCUUCCUUAUGUCAAUCCACCAUGCAAUCCCAGGCCAGUGGGUUAAUUGGAGCUCUCACUUUUCAGAAACCAGCUCUCUCUCAACCCAGUUCUCUCACCUAUUCCAGGAGGAGGUUCAGAAAUGUGGUGAAAGCUUCAGCUCGGGUUGAUAAAUAUUCAAAAUCCGAUAUCAUUGUCUCUCCCUCAAUCCUCUCUGCUAACUUUUCAAAACUGGGAGAGCAGGUCAAAGCAGUGGAACUGGCAGGUUGUGAUUGGGUUCAUGUUGACGUGAUGGAUGGCCGUUUUGUUCCAAAUAUAACAAUCGGACCUCUUGUCGUUGAUGCCCUUCGCCCUGUGACAGAUCUUCCUUUGGACGUGCAUCUGAUGAUUGUGGAGCCAGAGCAGCGUGUGCCAGACUUUAUAAAGGCUGGUGCUGAUAUCGUUAGCGUCCACUGUGAGCAAUCUUCCACAAUCCAUCUGCACCGCACCCUUAAUCAAAUAAAAAGUCUUGGAGCUAAAGCUGGAGUGGUCCUAAAUCCUGCUACCCCACUCACCACAAUUGAAUAUGUCCUUGAUGUGGUUGAUCUUGUCUUAAUUAUGUCGGUAAAUCCUGGAUUUGGUGGGCAAAGCUUUAUUGAGAGCCAAGUAAAGAAAAUCUCAGAUUUAAGAAGAUUAUGUGCUGAAAAGGGAGUGAACCCAUGGAUUGAAGUGGACGGUGGAGUCACUCCAGCGAAUGCGUAUAAGGUCAUCGAGGCUGGAGCCAAUGCUUUAGUUGCAGGUUCUGCUGUUUUUGGGGCUAAAGAUUAUGCAGAGGCCAUAAAAGGAAUCAAAACGAGCAAAAGGCCCGAGGCAGUUCCAGUAUGAAAGUCGCUUGUACAAGAUCCGAGUUGUCUCAAUUGAUAGUACUGUUGUGUUAUUCAUUGCCAUAGAUAAUCUCCAAACUGCACAGGUAGCAGAACACUGUUCUUCAAGCUCUUAUCUCAGCCAUGGUUGCCUUGCCGCCACCCCACCUUCACAGUUUUAUUCCUUUGUGAAAAGAAAGCCCGUAGAGUGUACCCCUUGAAGAUUUGUUGUGUACUAUAACAUCUGAAUACAAAUUCAAUAGUAUAAACUUGGGAGCAAUAAUAUUCUAUUUUCCAUA